AUGAAGCUUACCAACAUCCUCCCCGCAACACUGGCGCUCAGCGCCUCUGCCGCCCCCCUCGAAGAGCGCGCCAGCUCCGUGCAAGGCUUCGACAUCUCCCACUACCAAACCUCCGUCAACUUCGCCUCAGCCUACUCCGGCGGCCUCCGCUUCGUCAUCAUCAAAGCAACCGAAGGCACGACCUACAAAGACCCCAGUUUCUCCUCGCACUACAACGGCGCCACCAGCGCCGGCUUCAUCCGCGCCGGCUACCACUACGCCUCCGGCACCGGCGACGGCAGCCAGGAAGCGAAGUUCUUCCUCGCCAACGGUGGAGGCUGGUCGAACGAUGGGCGGACUCUGCCUGGAAUGCUGGAUCUUGAGGGACCCUGCAAGUCUGUCAGCUGGAUUAGGACGUUUUCGAAUACGUACCACACGGCCACGGGACGUUAUCCACUUCUUUACUCGAGUCCUAGCUGGUGGCAGUCUUGCACGGGGAAUUCGAACGCGUUCGUCCAGACUAAUCCGCUGGUGAUGGCGUGUUAUAAUGCACAGCCUUGCACGCCGCAGGGGUCGUGGCCGUAUUAUACUAUUUGGCAGUAUAAGGAUGCCAAUGCGUAUGGAGGGGAUAGUGAUGUGUUUAAUGGGGAUAUGACGCAGCUUAAGAAGCUUGCGACGGGUUGA